UUCCGAUUAUUUUUCUUUAAUUAAUAAUAUUUUCUUUUUCUUCUUUUUUUCAUAAACAGAUGGAUGAGGAACAACAAAAUAACCAACAAACCAUGAUGAAUCUGAUGGUGCAGUUGCGCCAACAACUUGUCGAGCAGCAACAGCAACAUCAGCGCCAACAGGAGGUGAUGCACCAGGAGGUGUUGCAGCAGCAGCUGCAGCAACAACAAACGCUGUUGCAGCAACAACAACAGCCACAGCAGCAGCAGCAACAGCUACAGCAGCAACAGCUACAGCAGCAACAGCCACAAAACCCAAUGCAGCAGCAACCAGAGAACGACGAGGACGCUGUACAGCCGUUGCGCCGCCAAAGAGGAACGGCUGCAGGAACCCGAAGAAAACCCUACCGCGGGAGAUUCCCGAGGGGAGGAGGACGAGGCGGCAGAGGUGGCAGGGGGGGGGGGCCGCCAAAUAAAUAUUAUUUUUCAUUUAAAUAAACAAUUCUUUUAAAAACAAUCAUUGUUAGUAUGUAUUAUAAUUUUAUUUAGUUAUGUAAGUUACCUUUCCAUAUAUACAGUGGACCGCAAAAGUAUUCGUCCAACUUUUAAAACACAAUACCUCCCUUAAAACUGGA